UGUCUACAUAGUGUUGCCAUGGUCGUUUCCCUUCCACGUUCGCCAGUAGACCCUAUCGAUCACGCUUAGCGCCGCCGCGGCCUCCGCCUCCUCCCUGCCGACAUCCUCCUCCUCCGUGCCCACCGGUUGGCACGCCCUCUCAUCCCUUCCUCCUCCUCGGCUAACCCUACUCCGCCUCUGUGACCACCCGUCGGCUCCGCCCUCCUAGCGGAUUCGAGCAGAGAUCCAUCAGGACCCUCAUCGACCGGGGAAGAAGGCCCGCCCACCGGAGAUGGCCACGGGACCACCUCGGCCGGCUAGGAGAGACGUAAGCAUCGAGGCCUUGGCGCGGCCGGUCGACGUCGACCACCGCAUCAGCAUCCCCUACUACUUCCGCAUCGCUGACAACCUCCUCAUCCAGGCUAAUGUGUAUCGAGAGGAGAAGAACAUUCUGGACCUGUAUAUCAUCCUCCUGAGAUACUCGAGCUUGUUGUGUGAGACGAUACCAAAGCAUCGCGACUACAAUGCAUUUAAGUCAAGGGAAAAGGAACUUCUGAAGAAAGGCCCGCACAACUCUAAUAAACUUCUCAGUGUUGUCAAUGAGCUAGAGUCCCUGAAGCCAGUUGUGCAGCAAGAAAUUGCCAACCUUAAUAGCAGCGCAGGUGCAGAGGAACCUAAUGGUGUACAUGGAACCUAUGCUGCAAGUAGUGGUAUGGAGCAGCAUAUCCCAAGCCCAUAUACAUCAAAGUCACUUUCUGGGAGCCCUACUGGACUAUUGCAAAAAUCAUUCUCUGGUUUGAAGCAUCAAGCAGCACUGUCGCAUAGUGUUCAACCUGAUUGGCACCUACAGAAACCAUAUUCCAGCUUGCCUUAUCCAAAAGAGGAAACACUAUCCAGACACUCGAUACUAGGACCUAAUGGGCUUCAUGGCGAAUGGACUAGGCCUGUUACUGGUAUCAGGAUUGAGUAUCCAAGUAAUCCUGAAUUAACCCAAAGUGAUAUCUCUAGUUUAGUGCCGGCUAUCUUGAACCAAGAUGGCUUGCAUGGUCCCAGAACAGCAUCACAGGAUAAAAAUGAUGAUAUGCAGUCUGUUCUUUUGCUUGAUGAUGGCAGAUGGUCUUUACCAGUAGAAGAACCAGCCUCAGUGUCUCCUGGUUUGGAAGCAGAGUUUUCCCAGCUGAAUAUUAGACAGCCUUCUCCCCCACCUGUCCUAGCACAGGUACAUCCUGAGCGUGGACCAAUCCCUCCAUCAAGAGUUGCUGACCCAAGACCAGGACUUGCUACCUCUGACGCCGGACGUUAUAAGAAUUUGCAUGUGCCGGUGACAUUAAUGGAGUGUUUCCUGAGGGUUGCUGAGGCAAAUACCUCAAAGAAUUUGGAAACAUGUGGAAUUCUUGCUGGUACCCUGAAAAAGAGAACUUUUUAUGUGACAACAUUGAUAAUUCCUAAGCAGAAAUCAACAUCUGAUUCAUGUCAAGCUACGAAUGAAGAAGAAAUAUUUGAAGUUCAGGAGAAGGGUUCACUUCUAUCUCUUGGUUGGAUUCAUACACAUCCAACCCAGACCUGCUUCCUAUCUUCCGUUGAUCUUCAUAAUCAUUAUGCGUAUCAGGUCAUGCUACCUGAAGCAAUUGCAAUAGUUAUGGCACCAACUGAUACAACAAGAAAACACGGCAUAUUUCAUCUCACGGAUCCAUGUGGCAUGGGCGUGAUCCAUGCUUGCCAGGAGACUGGAUUCCAUCCUCAUGAGGAGCCCCUAGAUGGUAUGCCAAUCUACGAGCAUUGCUCCCAUGUAUACAUGAACCCCAAUGUGAAGUUUGAGAUGGUCGACCUACGUGUGUGAGAAGCAUGGUUCCCUUCUGGCAUAAAUGGGCGGCUAUACUUCCAGCAGAUACAAGCCACCGAGUUUAUUUAAUUUUACUGAUGCUGAAAAAAUCGUUAGUAUAGACUACUUUUGCAGAUUCCAGAACCAAGCGGCUUGUACAUAGCUAUUUUAUUUUAUUCUAUUUCCAUGUACAGAAUUUUUGCAUUGAAUGGAUGCUUUGGUUGGAUCUCAGGGGAAGUGACAUCAAUUUAUGAUACAGUGCACAGUGGCAUGUUGAGAGA